AAUACCAGCUCUUCAAGUCUAAGAUGGUUUACAUUCCUUCUCUUUCUUCUUCCCUUGCUCUCAUUACUGUCCUUGCUUCUGCUGCUCAAGCUGCUACUUGUACUGUCGCUACUGGUGGUGAUGCCGCCAAGAGCAUUGUUAGUGCUUUCAAGAACUGUAAGAACGGUGGUACUGUCGUCUUCUCUAAAGGCGCUACCUACAACCUCAAGUCUCUAGUCGAAGUCGAAAACCUCAAAAACGUCAAAGUUCAAUUCUAUGGUACCAUCAACUUACCUGGUUUUAACAAAAGCCAUGCUGGCAAGAACAGCUACUUCCGUAUCAAGGGUGACAACAUCCAUUGGGAUGGUGGUAACGUUGGUACCUUCAAUGGUAACGGCCAAAAAUGGUGGGAUGCUGAAAACAGAAAGGCCCCUACUGUCUUCAGAAUUCAAGCUACCAACUCUUACUUUGGAAAUUUCAAGAUCAUCCAAUCUCCUCGUGCCCAUGUUGGUAUCACUAGCUCCAGCAAGGUUAUUCUCGACAAGGUCACUUUGAAGACUGUCUCCAAGAGCUCCAAGCCUGCCAAGAACACUGACGCUGUUGAUAUCUCCAACUCUGACAACAUUACCUUCACUAACUCUGAUCUUACUGUCGGUGAUGAUUGUACAGCCAUGAACAACGAUGUCUCUAGCAUCAUCAUCAAGAACGUCAAGUGUAACGGUGGCCACGGUUUCAGCAUUGGUUCCCUUGGCAAGGGUGGAUCCAGUGCUACAGUCAAUGACAUUACUAUCCAAAAUAGCAGCUGUACCAACUGUCAAAACGGUAUUCGUAUCAAGACCUGGCCUGGUGGAAAAGGCUCUGUUAGCGGCGUCAAGUUUGAAAGCGUCCAGCUCGAUAAUGUUGAGAACCCUGUUCUCAUCACCACUCACUACUGUGACAAGAACCAAAAGUCAUACUGUAAUGGUAACGACAGCCACUCCUUGACCAUCAAGGAUAUCACUAUCAAGGACAUCAGCGGCUCCACCAGCAGCAAGAAAAGCAACCCUGCCAUCAGCAUCAACUGUUCCAAGAACACACCCUGUUCUAACUUCAAGAUGUCUAACGUCAACAUUUCUAAGCACUCCAAGACCAAGAAGAAUGAAUGCAUCAACCUCUCUGGCUCUAGCAGCAUCUCUUACUCUAAAAAGGGUGUUCGUGCCAUCUAUGUUACUGAUAUUUGUAGCAAUAACUUGCAGUCCUUGGCUGAUGAUGUUCAGAAAUCAACUGGUGUUGAAUGUAUCCCCAAGCGCGUGGAUGCUAGCUCUGACCAAGACCUUCAAGAACUUAUCUCGGAUGCUCUUGCUAAAUUUGAGCGUCUUGAUGUCUUUUUUGCUAAUGCUGCUAAGAUUAUGGGCGGCCGUCCUUUAGAGUUAGAGACUAAGGAAGGUUUCUUAGAAAUGAUGGGUAUCAAUGCUUGGAGCGUCUUUGCUGGUAUCAAAUACGCUUCGGAAGCUAUGAAAAAGACAUCUAGCACCAAGCCUGAAAGCGGAGGAUCAAUCAUUGCUACUGCUUCAAUUUCUGGCAUCAAGAACGGAAAUGGUCCUACAACUUAUGGGGCUUCAAAGGCUGCCAUUAUUAAUAUUUGUCAAGCUGCUUCUUGGAAACUAGGUGGGGAUAACAUCCGCGUCAAUGCUGUUUGCCCAGGACCUAUCAACACAGGCCUUCAACUCAAGAAGCCUGAUCCUGAAACAUUAGAAAUGUAUAAACAAGUCUUCAAAACCUAUGUUCCAUUAAAGAGAAUUGGUCAUCCUACAGAAAUUGGUAACACAGUUGCUUUCUUGGCUAGCCCAGACGCUUCUUUUAUUACUGGUCAAGCAAUUGCUGUUGAUGGUGGUAUCACUGCGUCCGUUGGUUUCCCAUCAACUUCAGCUGAAUACUAAAUAGCAACAAGUCAACUAUAAACAUUAUGACUUCAUUAAUGUAAUAAACGUGAAUUUUAUACAGAUCAAAGAAAAGAUAUACCGUUUUUUUUUUUUUUUUUUUUUUUUUUU